CCAUGUCCAUGUGUCCGCCCGAAGCCCUAUUUAAGAGCGUACCGUCUAUACGUCUGAACAUGCAACGAGCUCCAAUCUCCAAUUCCUUCUUUUGAGCAUUACCUCCAGUACGAAACAGAUCCAAGAUGCAGCUCAUUACAGGCUCGCUGCUUGCAGCAAUGUUGGCUUUGACUGCCCAAGCCAAGCCAUGUUCUUUCAACGAAGCAUCAGGCUUCACGCUUUCUGCCGUCGUCAACAAAGCCUUGGUCCCUCUCUACCUUUUGAGCGACCACUCCAAUAACAGUCCCAACGACAUCUACUUCGGCAUCAGCACCACCUCCCCAGGCAAGACAACCAAGAGCGUGUUCUCCAUCGUCAACCAAAACCUCUUCGCCAACGAGACCCAAUACCCUAAGCAACAACCGAUGCAAACGGCCAUUGCGCGCAACAGCUCGCAGCUCACGCUGGAGCCGGUGUUCCAGUACCCUGUGGAAAAUGAAGGACUAUCGCUGGUUGCCGGCGCGGGCGGGCAUGCCUGUGCCCUGGCGCUCGACAAGACGACGAGCCAUUUCUACUUGUGUCCUAACAAUGAGGCCGAGGGAUCGGCCAAUCCGAACGGUGGAGGAUACCCGCAGUACCCUUUCAUCGCCUUCUUUUCGUCCAAUCCGGCCGCCGUGUGCAACAGCACCAUGGUCGUGGCUACUGCGGCUUGAAGUUACCCGCCGAGCCGAGUCUGCGCUGUCAAGCGUGGGAGGUUGACCACAGCAGGGAACAAGUGUGGUUCUUAGUACCAAUGGAAAGGUUGCAAGCAAGAUCGAAUGAGGAAACGAAUCGAUAGUAUACAUGCGGAGUCGUACACAGAAUUUAGUCGU